CUCGCAGUCACACACAGCAAGGCGGAGGAGCACCCGGCCGGCGGGUGUAAACAAUAACAAAAAUACGCGCACGAUGACAACCUCCAAAACUGACCAGAUCGUCUCGUAGACCGCUUCGUCAAAGUGCCCAAAGUGCUCUAGGCCCGACCGAGGUGCCGCUGAUAAAUAAUAAAAUUGUGUGAUGUAUUCGAGUUGCGGCCGCGACGCGGUGCUGCUGCCGCUGGCUUGCCGAGGCCGGGACGUCCGGGAACGAGACCAAGGAGUCCAGCAACACCUGCAAACGGCAGCCGUCAGCGUCCACGCCGUCGACGGAGUCUACGGAUGAUAUGGAAAGGGGAGCCGUCUCGGCCAACAGCAGCGCCGCUUGCCCGUACCCGCCGUCCGUGCUGGACUUCCUGCCGCUGCGCGGCGUGGACGCGAGCACGGUGGAGGAGAGCUGGCCCUGCGAGGUGCGCGCCUACUGGGUGCUGGACCUGCAGCCCUUCGUCGCCUUCGUCCGCUUCAUCUACGCCUACUUCACGCUGCCCGUGGUGCUCAUCGGCAUGGUGCUGAACGUGUUCGCGCUGCGCGUGUGGUCCAGCCGGCCCAUGCGCGGCACCAGCUUGGCAGUGUACCUGCGCGCCCUGUCCAUGUCCGACAUGGGCGCCCUCAUCUUCACCUACUUCCUCGGCUACUGGCGCUCGCACCACCCCGCCUUCAACACGCUCUUCUUGAACAACGAAACCGUGUGCCGCAUGCACAAGAUCCUGGUCUCCAUGUUCCCGAUGACGUCCCAGUGGCUGCAGACGGCGCUGACGGUGGAGCGCCUGCUGGUGGUGUGGCGGCCGCUGCGCGCCAGGAACCCGGCGUACCCGCAGGUGGCGGUGCGCGCGGCCAGACGCACCGUGGCCGUCGUGUACAUCACCCUCAUCCUGGUGGCCCUCACCAAGUGGCACUUCUCAGGCUUCGAGCAGUACAGCGCCUUCGACUACCAGCGCUGCGAGCACAACAGCCACAGCUCGGUGGUGGCGGUGUACGUCUACGUGGCGCUCAGCACCUACCUGCCCGGGACGCUCAUCUUCGUGAGCAACGUGAUGCUGUUCCUGAGGCUGAGGCGCUCCGACUCACUGCGGCGGUCGCUGUUCGCGGGCACGGCCCACGACGGCGCGUACUACAGCAGCGACGCGGCGGCGCGCACGCUCGUGCUGUUCUCGCUGCUGUACCUGCUGCUGCAGCUGCCGCUCGGCGUGGUGGAGACCGUGGAGCUCUACUGGGACGUGUCGCUGUACCGGCCGCCGUCAAGCAGUGGCGCCAAGCGCGAGGCCUACAUUUUCUGGUUGUGCCGGAAGCUGCAGCUCAAGUGGUCCCGCAGCCUGCUGUUCUGGCUGUUCCAGCUCAGCUUCGUGCUCAACUUCGUGGUGUACCUCAAGUCGGGCGGCCGGUUCCGCGUCGUGGCCAAGGACAUGGCCUGGCAGUGGCUGAGCUGCGGCCUCACGCCGCUGCGCUCGGCGGGUCGCUCGGCGGGCCGGUCGCUGGUCUGGCUGCCGCGCUGCAUCGGCCGCUGGUCGUCGGCGUCCUCGCACGCCGCCGCCUACGCCGUGCCCGGGGAGUACGGCGCGGCCGCCUGCUGCCGCGUGGCCCCCGAGAUGACCACCGUCUCCGACCACCCUGACGUGACGCUGUCCACCACCCUCGCCACCGCCACCGCGCCCAUGAGCGCGAGCGGCAGCACGGGUAGCUUCAGCAGCGACAGCAGCGGCAACCAGGCGACGCCCGGCGGACUGAGCCUGUGCUGGCGUCCCGUGCGGUCCAGGAUGUCCAGGCCGCGAGCUCGGACCAACUCGUGCCCGCACCGGUGCGCGCUGCGCCGCUCCUCGCAGCGCUCGCCGUCGCCCUCGUCGGCGCGCUACAGUCCUUGCCAGCCCUGCCGCCGCGCCAGGAUUCACACCUGGACCACGUUCGUGAGGGCCCACCAAGGGCUGCUGGGGCUCGGCCGCACGGCGCGGCGCACCUGCACGACGACCAGCUUGACGCCGCUGACGGCCAGCAGCGAGGUGGACACCGACGUGGACUCUGUGUUCGGCUCGCCGCUCUUCGCCGUGCACCAGCGCAGCCAGCAGCAGUGCCAGGACCUUGGCCAGGGCACGCCGCCGGGCCGGGACUGCAGGGACUGGGCGUCGCCGCCCCUGCACGACCUGGACAGCGCGGCCUACGUGAACCCCGCUUUCCUGCAGCCCCUCCAGGACGCUGGCGCAUACCGCUCCCAGGACCUGCUCGCAGUGCCGCAGGACCCCGUCGGCGGGUCGUUCUGCGUUGAUGCGUCGCCCUCACCGCAGGACUUCCUGAGGGACAACCCCUUCCUCGGAUGCUUCAGCAGCAGCAACAGCUUCAGCGGGCCGUCCCUGUCUCUGCCGCACCCCGUGCAGCACCCCGUGCCGCUCCAGGACGUCCAGGACGCGGGCCUGUUCCGCAGCGAGCGGGCGCUGCACGUCGCCGACGGCCUGGACACGAGCACUAGGACCUUCAGGACCAGCAGGAGGCUCGAGCGGUACCUCAGCGAGCCGCACCGGUGACACGACGCCAGUCUCGAGGCGGCUGGGCCGUGUUGACUAGAUUGCGUAAUAGGAAGCGCGAGUUGCUGUGCGUGAGCAGGGCCCGUCGUCACUCUGUUUUUAAUUUUAUACGUAUGAAAUGAUUGAAGUAGUAUUUGUUGUUGUUGUUUUUGUGGUAGCUUACGUAUACCGACUAGUUUAAUUUUCGGCGGAACCACCGCUCCCUGUGAUACAAGGCAUAUCUCAAGUCCCAUUUUCAUCGUCUUAUCCUUUCCCGUGUUUUACAUUUGCAUGUUACUAUGUGUUCAUUUUAUCGUCUUUACUUUUGUGUGACCCGAGCAGAGGAACUGCAAAGCACCUUAUAUGCUGAGUUUUAAACGAACAUAAGAGUACAAGGAGUGAUGUGUUAUGUGUUGACGUGCAAUGGCUACUGUAUGUGUUGGUGAAUAGAUGUGUCUACUCGAUGAGUAUUAUUAAAUGAUGCCUACGUCAGCA